UCGUCAGAAGUUUGAAAAGUUUAAAAAACCUGAUCCAUCGUUUGUCCCUGAUAUCAGAAUAGUGAUAAGAAGGAACUUUCAUUAUCUUCUCGGGAAUGUACUAAAUAAGAUGACAUUUUAAAAAUAAAUAAGUAUUUUGUUAAUGUGUUAAUGCAGAAUUUGACAAUUUUGCAAUGAAUGAAAAAUUAAUUCUCAUCCCAAUUUUUCUAAUUGGAUUAUGCCAUGGUCAAACCUCUGAGAUUAUUCAAAACCCUCAGGUUGAUAAGGACGUCAUAGAUGAUGUUUUCAAUCAAAAUUCUGUAAAAUCAAGUCCGUUCGCUAAUGUUGAUGCUGUACAACCGGCUGUACUGACUGGCAACUCAAAUCAGCCAUGUGGUACACGUCCUGAUAUGGUAUGUGUUCGUCAGUAUCUUUGCCACAAUGGAACAAUGGAUCCUCAUGGUGGAGGUAUCAUUGAAAUUCGCAUGAGCUCUGGUUGUAAUACUAUUUACGAAAUAUGCUGUCAUUUAAAUGAAACAUCAGAUGAACCAAUUUUAAACCCACUCCCAAGAACAGUUGGAUGUGGUUAUAGAAAUAAAAAUGGAGUUGGAAUCAAAAUCAGUGAACCCACUGAUAACGAAGCUGAAUUUGGUGAAUUUCCAUGGAUGGUUAGAAUUUCGGAAAAAAUUAUUAAAAAAGGCAAAGUUGUAAGCCCUCCCAAAUGUGGAGGUUCUUUGAUAGCUCCAACAGUCGUUUUAACUGGAGCUCACUGUGUAAAAUCCUUACAAGCCCUGAAUUAUCUGGUCAGAGCUGGUGAAUGGGAAUAUAAUUCAGAUGGCGAACCAUUUCCACAUCAGGACAGACAAGUUGUAGAAAUAAUUAUACAUGAAAACUUUGAUGCUGAUUAUUUGGAGAACAAUAUUGCUCUACUUUUCCUCGAGACACCAUUCGAUGAUGCUCCUCACAUCAAAACAGUUUGUUUGCCGCCAGUCAACGCAAAUUUCGACAUGUCACGUUGUUUUGCCUCUGGCUGGGGAAUGAAACAAUUCGGAUCCAGACGAUAUUCAAAUAUUAUGAAGAAGCUUGAGUUGCCAGUAGUUCCAAAUGCUAAAUGUCAAAACGACUUAAGACAAACUCGUUUAGAACAAUCCUAUGAAUUGCAUUCCAGUUUGAUGUGUGCUGGUGGAGAAUUUGGAAAAGAUACUUGCACAGGAGACGGUGGUUCACCAUUAGUUUGUCCAAUGGCCAACAAUCCCGAUCGUUACUACCAAGUUGGAAUUGUUUCUUGGGGUAUUGGAUGUGGUAAUAAAAAUGUGCCUGGUGUUUAUGCAAGCGUUCCACGUCUCCGUUCUUGGAUUGAUAAACAAUUGGCUGACAAAGAUAUCGAUACAAAAUUUUUUACCCCAUAAAUGUGUUUUUAAUUAUUAAAGUGGACAAAGUCAGUGCUAAAAAAAAUAACAAUUAAAAAUAAAAAAAAAAUUGUUUAAUUUCAUUUGAUAGCGAAAUUCUAGUAAAUAGACUUUUUUAUUACUCCUCUAAUUGUUUCAGAAAAUAAAAACUAUUUAAUAAUAA